AAGAGGAGUCCAGCUUUUUGGCGGGAAGCGCUUCUUUUUGGAGGGUGGAAGGAAGGGGGAAAGCAUCUGCUGGGGGAGGAUUGUCCUCCGCAGCUGCUGAUAGAAAAAGAAGAAGGAGAAAAAGUGGGUCUGCUGCUUGCAAAAGAGCCAGAGCUCUAAAUCAAGUCCUGUCUGCCUUGGGUCAGCAAAGAAACCCGACACCAGCGUUGAGGUCGUUCCCCCUCAGCCCUGCUUUUGGGAAGCCUUGGCAAUGGCUCCUGAGAGGCAGCCUUCCUCUUAAGAAGCCAGAACUGGGGGGAAAGAAAGCGGGGAGCCUCGGGGAUGGGCCUCUCUCUCUGGAGUGAAGAGUAAGAGCCCGAGAGAGAGAGAGAGAGACCCCACAGGCUUCGUUCCCCAGAGGUUUUUGCAAAGCCAUCCCCAUGGAAGGAGAGGCAGCAGCAGGGAGCCCAGGGCCAGCCAGCAAGCAAGCAGCCAGCAAGCCCCUCCGGGUGGCCCUUGGCAUCUUCGUGGGCAGCACCGUCGCCCUUGGCACGGCCCUUUUCCUGGUUAGCCAAGGUCAUAUAAAAUUCCAGCCCAAGCAACAGUAUUGCUUGACUUCUGAAGCAUUGAAGCUGGAAAUUAUGUCCAUCUUUUCAGCUGCUGCCAUCAAAAGCAAGCUCAAUACAUCUGUGGAUCCCUGUGAUAAUUUCUUCCGGUUUGCCUGUGAGGGAUGGAUACAGAAUAAUCCAAUUCCUGAAGAUUCCUCAAGUUAUGGAAUCUAUCCUUGGCUGAGACAUAAUGUAGAUCUUAAACUGAAAGCUCUCCUUGAGAAACCUGUCAGCAAAAGGCGGGACAGUGAAGCUGUACAGAAAGCAAAGAUACUUUACUCUUCAUGUAUGAAUGAGCAUAAGAUAGAGAAGGCUGAUGCAAAACCACUUUUAAGCAUGUUGAAACAUUCUCCAUUCCGCUGGCCUGUGCUGGAAUCAAACAUUGGGCCUGAAGGACUGUGGUCAGAAAGAAAAUUCAGCAUGCUUCAGACUCUGGGUGCUCUUCGUGGCCAAUAUAGCAGUUCUGUUUUCAUCCGAAUGUAUGUGUCUUCUGAUGAUAAGAUGUCUAAUGAACACAUCAUAAAGCUAGACCAAGCAUCUCUGUCUCUAUCAGCACGAGAAGACUACUUGGAGAACACUACAGAAGCGAAAGCUUACAGAGAUGCUCUGUUCCAGUUCAUGGUUGACACAGCGGUGCUUUUGGGUGCCAAUGCUUCACGUGCAGAGUUGGACAUGAAAUCUGUACUUAAGCUGGAGAUCAAAAUAGCUGAGAUAAUGGUUCCACAUGAGAAUCGAACCAGUGAAUCUAUGUACAACAAAAUGAACGUAUCAGAACUUACCACCAUGAUCCCACAGUUUGACUGGCUGGCCUAUAUCAAGAAGGUGAUUGAUACCAAGCUCUAUCCUGACCUUAAGGACAUAGAUGCUUCAGAGAAUGUGAUUGUCCGUGUGCCCCAGUACUUCAAAGAUUUAUUCAGGAUCCUGGAAGGGGAAAGGAAAAAGACUAUUGCCAACUAUCUGGUAUGGAGAAUGGUUUAUUCAAGAAUAUUUAACCUCAGCCGGCGUUUUCAAUAUAGAUGGCUAGAGUUUUCAAGGGUGAUCCAAGGGACAAGCUCCUUACUGCCUCAAUGGGAUAAAUGUGUAAACUUUGUGGAAAGUGCUCUCCCGUACGUCACUGGAAGAAUGUUUGUUGAUCUACACUUCCAAGAAGACAAGAGGGAAAUGAUGGCAGAACUGACUGAAGGGAUUCGUUGGGCCUUUAUGGACAUGUUGGAAAAUGAAAAUACUUGGAUGGAUUUGGAAACCAAAACAAAAGCUAUUGAGAAGGCAAAAGCUGUUUUGGCGAAAGUGGGUUACCCUGAAUUUAUAACAAAUGAUACCUAUAUUAUGGAAGGCAUAAAAACAAUGAAGUUUUCAGAAACGGAUUAUUUCGGCAAUGUACUUCAGACCCGUAAACAUGCAGCACAGUCUGAUUUCUACUGGCUGAGAAAAGAAGUUCCAAAGACAGAGUGGUUUACUAGUCCAACUACAGUCAAUGCCUUUUAUAGUUCAUCUACAAAUCAGAUCAGAUUCCCAGCUGGAGAACUCCAGAAACCAUUCUUUUGGGGAACAGAAUAUCCUAGGUCUUUAAGCUAUGGUGCUAUUGGAGUAAUUGUUGGGCAUGAGUUUACCCAUGGAUUUGAUAAUAAUGGGCGUAAAUAUGACAAAAAUGGAAAUUUGGAUCCCUGGUGGUCUUUGGAGUCUGAAGAGAAAUUUAAAGAGAAGACAAAAUGCAUGAUCAACCAGUACAACAACUAUUAUUGGAAGAAAGCAGGCUUGAAUAUAAAAGGAAAAAGAACUUUGGCAGAAAACAUUGCAGAUAAUGGAGGUUUGCGGGAAGCUUUUAGGGCCUAUAGGAAGUGGAUCAAAGAAAAGAGACAAGGAGAGGAAGAGGACCUAUUACCAGGCAUUGACUUCACCCACAAUCAGCUGUUCUUUCUGAGUUAUGCUCAUGUAAGAUGUAACUCCUUCAGACCAGAAGCAGCAAGAGAGCAAAUCUACACUGGAGCUCACAGCCCUCCUCAGUUUAGAGUUAUUGGGUCCAUGAGUAAUUUUGAGGAUUUCCGGAGCUUCAGCUGUCCAGAGAAUAGUACAAUGAACCGUGGUGGAGAGUCCUGUCGGCUUUGGUAG